AUGGGCCGAGCCGGGGGCGGGGACGGGGCUCCGGGCCGGGGGACCCCGCCGCCGCCGCCGCCGCUGCCGCCGCUGCCGCUGCCGCUGCUGCUGGUGCUGGUGCUCGGGGCCACGCUGAUCGUCACCGCGGGGGCCGUGCCGGCACGCGAGGCGGGCAGCGCGAUCGAGGCUGAAGAGCUGGUGAAGAGCAGCCUGGCAUGGGAGCCCCGUGCCAACGACACGCGGGAGGAAGCCGGCCUGCCAGCAGCUGGGGAAGAUGAGACCGCGUGGACGGUGCCCGGCAGUGAACUGGCUGCGGUGGGCCCUGGGGUCGGGCCAGAGGAGGCACUGGAGGCAUCGGCUGCGGUGACUGGUACCACCUGGCUGGAGGCAGAUAGCCCGGGCCUGGGUGGAGUGACUGCAGAAGCUGGUAGUGGUGAUGCCCAGGCCCUUCCAGCUACACUCCAGGCUCCCGAUGAGGCCCAUCGGCAGUCUUCCAUACCCCCUGCUACCCCUGAAGCUCCGGAAGCCAGCGGACCUCCCUCCUCCACUACCCAUGACAAGCUGAGCCCAGGCCCCGAACUUCCUAAGGAGAGCCCCUUGGAGGUUUGGCUCAACUUGGGAGGCAGCACACCAGACCCUCAAGGGUCAGAGGCCACUUACCCACUUCAAGGCACUCGAGAGACCCAACCAGCCUCAGACAUAAUUGACAUUGACUACUUUGAAGGAUUGGAUAGUGAGGGUCGUGGUGCAGACUUAGGCAUCUUCCCAGGGUCUCCAGGAACCUCAGAGAACCACCCUGACGCUGAUGGAGAGACCCCUUCCUGGAGCCUGCUUGACUUAUAUGAUGACUUCACGCCCUUUGAUGAGUCAGAUUUCUACCCCACCACGUCCUUCUACGAUGACCUGGAGGAAGAGGAGGAGGAAGAGGAUGCAGUAGGAGGUGGAGACCUGGAAGAUGAAAACGACCUUCUCGUGCCCUCCCAGAAGCCUGGUGUGGGGCCCGGGACAGGCCAGCCCACCAGUCGGUGGCAUGCUGUUCCUCCACAGCACACCCUGGGCAUGGUCCCCGGCAGCAGCGUCGCCCUUAGGCCCCACCCAGGAGAACCAGGCAGGGACCUGGCCUCCGGUGAAAAUGGCACGGAAUGUCGCAGUGGCUUUGUGCGGCAUAAUGGCUCCUGCCGGUCAGUGUGCGACCUCUUCCCAAGUUACUGUCACAAUGGCGGCCAGUGCUACCUGGUGGAGAACAUAGGGGCCUUCUGCAGGUGCAACACGCAGGACUACAUCUGGCACAAGGGCGUGCGCUGCGAGUCCAUCGUCACGGACUUCCAGGUGAUGUGCGUGGCCGUCGGCUCCGCCGCCCUCGUGCUGCUGCUGCUGUUCAUGAUGACCGUCUUCUUCGCCAAAAAGCUCUAUCUGCUCAAGACGGAGAACAGCAAGCUGCGGAGGACCAACAAAUUCCGGACCCCAUCUGAGCUCCACAAUGAUAACUUCUCCCUCUCCACCAUUGCCGAGGGCUCGCACCCAAAUGUAAGGAAACUUUGCGACACUCCCUGUAUCUCCUCCCCCCAUGCCCGUGCCUUGGCUCACUAUGAUAACGUUGUCUGUCAGGAGGAUCCUAGCGCACCCCACAAAAUCCAGGAAGCUCUCAAGUCCUGCCUGAAGGAGGAGGAAUCCUUUAACAUCCAGAACUCCAUGUCACCCAAACUUGAGGCUGGCAAAGGUGACCAGGCCGACUUGGAGGUGAACUGUCUCCAGAAUAACUUAACCUAAAGCGAGCAGAGCAAGAAGAGAGGCAAACAGGGGUGGGGCGGGGGCAGGGAAGGAACACGAUCUCCUCUUGUACAGAGUCUAUUUCUUGUAACCCAUUUGUUCAACUCUUCUUUUCCUGAUCUCAUGGCAUGCUCUGAUGUGUUUUAUACAGGAGAGAGAAAUACUUAACUAAGCAAAGAAACCGGACAGGAUUGCAUACAUUGGAUGGUUUUGUUUGUUUGUGCUAUCUGUGCAUUGCUUUUGCAGCUGUGAUUUCUAAACCUAUGCUGUUAUUCAACUGACCUUUUUUUUUUUUUUUGUACUUUGAC